AAAAAGAAAAAGAAAGAGGCCAAGAAAAAAGCAGAAGAAAAGGAUGAAGAGAAAGUAAAAAAGGAGGAGACAAAAAAGGGGGAGGAAAAGUUGGUGAAAAAAGAGGAGCAAAACGAGGAAGGGACAACACAGCAGACUGUAGAAAAGGAGGAAAAGCAAGUGGAGAAAAAGGAAGAGAAAAAGAAGGAAACUGCUGAGGUCAAAGGCAAGGCGGCAGACGCUGGAAAGAAGGAGGAAGAAAAGGUUGACAAGAAGGUGGCAAAGAAAAAAGAAAAAGAAGAGAAAUUAAAGAAGAAAGAGUUGAAGAAAAAAGAAGACGAAAAGGUGAAAGAAGAAGCAAAGAAGAAAGAGAAAGAAGGGGAGGAAGCAAAGCCGGAAGAAAAGGAGGAAAAAGAAGAGAACAAAGAGAAG